UUGCAAGUUGCGGAUGGAAUAAAAAAGAAAAACACAUCCUCGCCCCUAAUGUUGUUGCCUUUACAAGGAGAUUUAAUCAGGUCUGUUUCUGGUGGUACGAGAAUUUUAACAGCACAGACCUUAAAAAUAAGGGCAGAGAUCCUCAGCCACUUUGUGAAAAUAGCAAAGAAACUUCUAGAACUGAACAACCUUCAUUCACUCAUGUCUGUGGUGUCAGCUCUCCAAAGUGCACCUAUUUUCAGGCUGACCAAAACCUGGGCCCUUUUGAAUCGCAAGGACAAAACCACUUUUGAGAAGCUGGACUACUUAAUGUCGAAGGAAGACAAUUACAAGAGGAUGCGAGAGUACAUCCGCUGCUUGAAGAUGGUGCCCUGCAUUCCUUAUUUGGGGAUUUAUCUCUUGGACUUAAUCUACAUUGAUUCAGCCUACCCAGCUUCCGGCAGCAUCAUGGAGAAUGAACAAAGAUCUAAUCAGAUGAACAACAUUCUCCGAAUAAUUGCUGAUUUGCAAGUCUCUUGUAGCUACGAUCACCUUCUAAUGUUACCCCACGUUCAAAAAUACUUGAAGUCCGUCCGGUAUAUUGAAGAGCUUCAGAAAUUUGUGGAAGAUGACAACUACAAAUUGUCCUUAAGAAUCGAGCCAGGAAACAGUUCCCCGCGGUUGGUCUCAUCGAAAGAAGACCUCGCAGGUCCGUCCGAAGUGUCGGCAGCUGUGAGGUUCAGCAGGAGGCCCACCUGUCCAGAUGCCUCGGUAGCGGCCAACUUGCACACCCCUCCUGUACCACGACACAGGAAGAGCCACAGCCUCGGAAACAAUAUGAUGUGUCAAUUCAGUGUAGUAGAAAGUAAAAGCGCCACCUUUCCAACAGAGAAACAGCGCCACCUGCUGGAUGACAGUGUCUUAGAAUCUCACAGCCCUGUCAGGAACCAUCCGCUAAAUUCCAUUUUCACCAAUGGCAUUUCUCUAGAAAGCAGUGAAAGUUCAGAAUUCAGCGAAGAGCCGUCAUCUGGACUGGAGAGGGGACGGCUGUAUGCCACGCUGGGGCCUAACUGGCGGGUGCCAAUUCGGAAUUCACCCAGAAGCCGGAGCUGUGUCUACAGCCCAGCAGGUGCCUGCAGUUGCAGAUCAGGGGCUUCCAUGGGUGUGGUGACUAUGGAAGGCCCCCUGAGAAGAAAGACGUUGCUGAAGGAAGGCCGGAAGCCUACGCUGUCUUCCUGGACCAGAUACUGGAUUACUCUCUCGGGAUCCACUCUGAUCUAUUUCGGAGCCAAGUCCUUGAGGGGCAGUGAGAGGAAGCACUAUAAAUCAACUCCCGGAAAGAAAGUUUCUAUCGUGGGCUGGAUGGUAGCCCUUCCCGAUGACCCUGAACACCCUGAUAUUUUUCAGCUGAACAACCCAGAUAAAGGCAAUGUUUACAAGUUCCAGACCGGCUCCAGAUUUCACGCAAUAUUAUGGCACAAACAUUUGGAUGAUGCCUGCAGAAGCAACAGGCCUCAGGUACCUGCAAACCUUAUGUCAUUUGAGUAACCUGCUCCAGUGUGCGGUAUAACGUCCAGUGCCAAACUGCAAGAUGGGAAGAUGGGUUUCCAUUGAAGCAAGGAGGAAAGACUUCGGAGGAAACCAGCUAUCUCCCGCAGCGACUUCAGCACUUUUCUACAUAACUUGAAAGUAAUUAUGAUACAGCUUCUAGAAACAGAAACAUGAAUGUUACCCUUCGGACAGGAUCUGACUCACUGCACUGAUGAGAAAGAGGAAUUGGACUGUUUGGAGAUGCAUCCUGACCCAUCACAGGAUCCUUGGGUCCUUAACUCUAGCUGUGGAGGUCCCGACAGCUGUGGAUUUCUGUCCUGCCACACAAACUUUUAUCUGUCACAUCUCUGCAGACAUUUUUCUUUCUUUCUUUUUUUAAACUGCUCUUUUUACGAUCAAGCUGCUUUAUGUGACUCGAGAACUUUUAGCCCAUGUUGGGUUUAUACAGUUAUUUCUAAUGCACAAAAACAACAAACAUUUGACAGUGUUAACUUGAUGCAGAGUGUCAAUUAGAAUAGAACGUUGUGAAACAACCUUUUUAUAACCUUAAGUGCACUGAGCCUCCUCCGCCCUGCGGCAGCCUCAGAUUUUUGUAUCAAACUUAAGGGACGCGACCGACGUCCCGACCGAAGCUAUUUGGGAAAUGUUGUAUUUUGGCACUAGAUAAAAUAUAUAUAUAUAUAUCACCUGUAAUUUUUCUGUUUGUAACUCAUAAUUAAUUGUGCUGUAUUUUGUGGUGGUUGUUUUUUGUUUUUUGUUUUAAUUAACUGGAAGUACCCCUAGCAACGAAGGGACUGCUGAAAUGCGUUCAGGUUUUAAGGCUCCUUGUCGGUGACUUUAUCCCAAAGGAAAGGCUUGCCUUAAAUUGUGGGGCUUAGGGGCUCAGUGGGGGUGCUAUUCAUCCAAAAUGACCCGCAGGGUGAGCUUCUCCGACAUCCCCCAGGGCUGGUUUUAGAACGAUCCUGGGAAGCAUUUGUUGCUGUUAAUGUGGACUCUCCUUUCCCCUAUUCCUCCUACAAGAGAGAAGGUUUUCAACCAAACGCAAGUCCCAUCUACUCAGCCAGAAGGUCAGUGUGAUCUUAAGCAAGGUAGAACAGCUAAUUUCAUGAUUUCCCCAACCACGCCUUCCAGCAGAGAAGCCAUGAGCUGCUUCGCGGCAUCAUGGGGGCAGCCAAUGAACCCAGCUUCUCAAUACAGAUGUGGGGGCAGCCAAUGGACCCAGCUUCUCAAUACAGAUGUGGGGGGCGCCAGUGGUCAUUUGGGAUGAACAGCACUCUUGGCUUGAAAGAGAGCCGUGCUCUCAAGAGCAAUCCGACUACUGAUGUGAUGUAUCUCUGGUUCUCUUCCAAGCUUGUAUUUACUUUUAAGUACGUGCUAAACGUCUCCACCGUUAAUGAUUGUAAUGCAUUUUUUUUAAGUGUCACGCCACCGUAUUGUCUAUCUCUUGUUCCUAAGAGCGGAAGGAAGGUAGAGAAAUUCUUGGAUUUGGACAGGAAGUGAGAGAACACGUUUCCGCCCCCAGCCCUCCCCUGCCCUGCCCCCAAAUCCUUGUUUUUUUCUCGUGGCGAAAUUGUUGGAAACCAUUUCCAACAAAAUGGCGGGUUACCAGUUAGGUAGUUCCUGCAGGUCGGGUUUCCUAGUUGAUCAUCCCGACGUAGCAUCCAUUGGGAUUCUGAAUGUCUAUGGCACAGAAUGAUGAUUCCGGAGGACGCUUCCCCUUCUCUGGAUUUUCUAUCAGGUGGCUUAAUCGCGCCUCUGUUAGCGGAGGACGCGCCAUUCACCUGGAGCCUUUGAAAAAGGGCCUUCUCUUACCAGCUGCAUAAUGACAGUUUAACAUCUGGCUUCCAGCCCGAUUAAGCCAGCUAGGAAAUCAGUUUGCAUUUAGCGAAUUUGAGCUCAAGUUUGCAUCAAUCCGCUUUUUUUUUACAACUGUGCUAAAUUUCUCCCUUUAUUUUUUAAAAAAUUUUUGUAAAUGAGCUACUGCAACGCCUUCCGAGAAGCAGACAAGCAAACAGAAAUUUUUCUCGGUUGGGAAAAAACCGAUUUGCAGCGAAAGGGAAUCGUGAAUUAUUAUUUUAUUUCAUAACUGUCAGGUCUGUUAGCAAGCUGUUCGAAGGGUGAUGCAACAGCAUUCAAAUGCAAUUUAGCAUUUGGUCAAAAGAAAAAAAGAUAUUGGUACGAGGACGAAACCUGUUGCUUAGAGAGAAAAAUACAGACAGCGGACUUCUUUUUUUAAAAAAAAAGAAAAAAAAAUCAGGUUUUUAAUUGCCCAGAAUGAAUUCCUAUUGACACCGAGGAUUGGACUAGUGCAAUAAUUAACCCCAUUCAUAAACUUUCUGUCUUGGUCUGAACUUGGUGAUGAGCAAAUUAAUGAAAGUUAAAUGACUAAUGGCAGUGCCCUAUUUUAGUGCAAGAAAGGAGAUGGUUUUCAAUGCAAUCUUUUGGAAAGGAGUUCCCAAAGUUUGCAUUUCCUGCAGUUCCUGCGUUCGUCCCCGAAAGGCAGAGCAAAUGUAUGAAAUUGCACGCGUGUUGAAUUUCAGUCCUUCUGACUUCCAGAAAGAAAGUUCAGGAUUUGAUUGUCAAAUGCUUUUCAGAACGAAUGAACAAAAAUUGAUUAUUGGUUUUACUGGGUAAGAAAGAAGAAGCGGGGCAAAAGAAAAAAACCACUGUAAAAAAUUCCCCCGCUCCCCUCACAUGUCUUAAAGAGGAAGGAAGUCUCCCUUCUUGCUAAUCUCAAUCAUUUUAGUUCGUUCCCUUCUUGUGAAGUGUUAUCAGGACCGGAAAUCACGAAGUGGUUUUUUUUAUGACAAUGGGAAACAUGCUGGUUUUGAUGUGCUCAGAUUUUGCCUCUCCGUUGCAACGAAGAGAGACUUGCAGGCAUUUGCAAAGAGAAUGGCAAAACUUUGAAAGCACCUCUGCUUUUGGAAUGUUUUUUCACUAAAAUUUCUUUUUAAAAUAAUAAUAAUAAUAAUUUUUUUUAAAAGAGCCAGUGUUACAAAGGAAGGCUUGCUAUGGGUUUUGACUUCGGUAGCACACUAUAUAAGUAAGCACUGUUAGCCCACAGCCCGGAGGGGAGGGGGAGGGAAUGUACAGUAAUGAUGAAGGGACACAGUGCUUCAUUUAGCAAUACAGGCUGCAGGGUGGUUUGAAAAAGGUGAAAUAAAUGAGUAAUAAAACAGUGUAUUCUUCUUCUUAGCAUAAUCCGCGUUUAAAUGGUAAUUGUCCUAUGAAAAGCAUGAGGAAUCUAUUUAGCUGCUUUUUUUAACAAAUGUUUUUGUUUAUUUAAUUGUGCAUCUUUGACUGUGAAUUAAACAGGUGCAUAUCGGUACGAUUUUAAAAACCGGGUCUCCCCCAGAGAAGGUGCCACCGCGCCCUCAUCCGGAGACACCCUUCCCCCCCCCCCCCAUCUCUGUCCAACGACAGGUAGGGCCAAAGCUUGGCCAGUGAAGUUUCCCAUUUUGGAAACGCAUGAAAAGAGUACGUUCACACACACACACACACACACACACACACACACGUACGUCUCCGUGAAGCUUCUUCAACCGGAGACGUAAGUUCCUUGCCGCCCGGAGAAGCAAAACAGGGCGUGGCGAAGAUGAAGGAAUGGAGAUGGGCGCACGUGUGAACGUGUCCGUGCUCCGAAGAAGGUUAAUUUUUUUUUCCUGCCUUUUGAACUUUGACCUACCCUGUCCGGCGCAGGACGAGUUGCUCUGUGGGACCGACCGCCGUUUAGCUAUUUUUGGGGAAGGUGGUUUCCCACCCGUCUGUUGAAUUUCCACGCCGGCAAUUCAUGUAGCACUGUUAUCGAGGCCAUGUUUUGUUACUCCUAAUUUACUAGCCG